AUGUUGGGACGAAAAUCAAGGAACAUAUUGGACCUCAUGAAAUACUCAAACACAUGUGGUAUAAAGGAUCAACAUAAGAUUGAACAAGAAAGGCAAUUUAACAAGCGACAUGGAGCUAAAUCGCGCUCAUUCGCUAAAGGUGAAUUUGUAUAUGUGAAACGUCAUAUUGGUAAUCAUUGGAGAUGGUAUCCAGGUACGAUCGUUGAACAGAUCGGUUCCGUUUUGUACAACGUCUCGCUUGAUGGUGAAUGGAAUCAACCACAAGUCCGGGUUCAUACAAAUCAACUGAUUCAUCGAUCAUCGACAAAAGAUAGCCCACCAGAUGACGUUCACUCCAAACUUCCAUUGGAUAUUCUACUCGAGGAAUUCGAUAAUAUACCCGAACCAGAACAAGAAACAUUUCUUACACCAGUAUCACCAAUUAGGGAUGUUUCUGAAAAUGUUAACCCUUCUAUUAUCAUGCCACGUCCAGUAGCCACUGUACCCAGACCAACUAGAAUUCGUGAAGCACCAGGGUAUCUCAGCGACUAUGUGCUUUUCUAA